CCAACUUUGAAGCCGUGCAGACAAGCCCCGGUGCUGCACGCCACGCUGAACGAAAAGAUUUCGUUUUUCAUUUUAAUUCACUGGAACAGCUGAAUAACAAACAGACCCGCCCUUUUUAACGAGUCCGUGAGAGAAAAAAAAAAAAAAAUUGGAGUUUCUCUCACGAGUUUUUUUUGGUGAUCAGUGUUUUUUUUUUUUUAUUAUGGCGGGAAUGGUUUGAUCGGGUUCGUUCGACCACCCACAUUUUUCCUUUACGGUCAAGUGUUUUUGUUGUUGUGAAAUUGCAUUUAGAAACAAGACAAACAACUAUUUACGAACGCAAAAAAAUGGACGAAGAAUUAUUGCCGGCCGGAAUGGCACCCAUUACCGUAGUUCCUAGCACCAGUUACUCAUCAACAGCACCGACAAGUCCGUCCAUUUAUCCAAAUUUACAACCCGAAAUGGCGACCGAAGAGCCAUCGGCUGGACGGCGGGGAAAUCCUUCGUCUCCGAUGGCCAACCGACCGCAGGAAAUGAUUGCCGAAGAAGUGCUUUCGAAUAACGGCCAAUUAAAGAAUCAACCGAGCACUAGCUAUCUGAGUGGCAACGUCAAUUACAAUGGCGGCAAUGUCACAUUUCAUUCGGCGCCGCAUCGGCCUAAAAACAAUCGCAAAAAGUCGCGUAAAUUGACUUUAACUCAAGUCUGUUCGGACGAAGCUGCUUUGAAAUCACCUAAAAUCAUCCAGCAUCAUCCGCCGGAACCGACUUCACCCCCGCCGAUGAAGCCCAUGGAUCCGGAUCGAAUUUCCAAUAAUUCAAGUUUGAUUGGGUUUGAAUCGGAUAAUUCAGGCACGUCGGCGUCGACUUUGUCUUCGUCCUCUUCACUUAAAUCGGGACCCGAACGUAAAAUCAAUCGAAUCUUUUCCAUGUUGCAAUCGAUGCAGCAAACGUUCAUGCAACAACAGCAGCAGCCACAACAACAACAACAACAACAACAGCUACAACUGAAACAGAAAAACCCCGAACCGAUUUACGAGCAGCCCAAUCAAUCAUCGGGCAGUAUGGCUUCCGGUAUGGAUACGAUCCAGGCAAACGAUCGUCGAGGUCAACAGCUGCGCAUGGAUUUGCAACAAUCGUCUGCUUCCGCCCCCCCCAGGCAAUUGCUGUACGGUCUGGGCAGAAGUCAAGAUUCUUUAAUGACUUCGCGGAUAUCUGGCCCGCACGGCAAUAAGAUUUACAUGGCGCCCAACAUUGGUGGUGCCAAUGCCAAUAACAAAGGGCCCAUUUACGCCAGUUGGAAUGGCUCGCAAUGUUCGGGAUUCACGUGCACGACAGUGACGAGUGACGGAGCAUCGCCACCGCUAACACACGCCAUGCCUUUCCACAAAGACGGAUGGACGUCGCUUUUCAUCGUGGGCAGCUCAACCUACGCCCAACUCCUGAUCGUCAUCUGCAUCGUGGCGGCCCUGUCCGAAGUCGUCACUCACAACGUCCCGUUCCUCUAUUUUGAGACUUUCUUCGCCUUCUUAUACACCGUUUCGAUCGUGUUCUUUCUGUACGUGUUCGGCUAUUUAUUGCGAUCGAAACGACGCCGAGAGGAGAAGAAACGCUUGAGGAAAUUAAGCCGAUGGAGGGAAUCGAACAUGGCCAACCCGACGACGACCACCGAAGAUGAAACCAGCGAUUACGACGCUGUACGCAAUCCCGAUUCCAGCAUAUCGGUCGAGAACGAGAUCGUCUCCGCUCCGACGCCUUUACGUCGAUUCUUCAAUCAAUUCAGCGCCGAACGGAGCGGCGAGCGCAGGAGAUUCAGCCGAACGGAUCCGGUCGACAUGGACGACUCGUCGAAAGGCGUCAGUCAGAAUCCGCAUCCAUCGUCGCGCAAAAGCAGCGCCACGAAGCAAUGGAUGCCGCAGAAUUUCGGCCUGAGCGUAGGAGACUCGCCCAACGAGAUCGUCUCCUACAGCACGAUGAACAGCAACAGCGACAUUGUCACAAACACCAGCGGCGCUGCCAACGGUCGAAAGGCGAGGAAAACUAAAGUCUCCGAUAAUGAGCACAGCCAUGGAAGUCUGUUCUUGAGGGCCGGCGCUGUGGCUUUCGGGCUGGGCACUAUGAUUUAUGACGGGCUGGAAUUCGGUGCCUUUCUCGAAGUGCCGCCCGAUUCGCCUUGUUUCGCUUUGCUGCGUGGCAUCAAUCCGCUUCUGCACGCAGCCUUUGUCUUCCUCCAAAUGUACUUCAUCUUCGUGUCCGCCAGGCUCAACAUUCACAAAUUCAAAGUGAUUGCUCGUUUCGGAUUGAUGCACUGCGUUGCCACCAACAUUUGCGUUUGGAUUCGGACGUUGGUUAGAGAAUCGUUGAAAGAGAUCAAUGGUCAUUAUCAUUAUUACGAUAAAAUUGCCAAGAGCCAACAACUGCAGCAAAGCCAACCGGUUGUCGAUGGCUAUGAAUCCGUUUCCAACGCUUUCCUACAUCACAUUGUCGAGGCUGUAGCCGCCGCGGCCGGAAGCGAUGAAAGUUUCGAAGGAGGAAAUUCAGCCCUUUUUGAUAUAGUGAAUGAAACUUUGGGCGAUGCGCUCAUCGGCGUUGCGACGUCAGCCGCACCGACUGUUGCAGCCGUUAAGAGUAAAAAAGAAAUUAGCUUGUGGGAAUUGACGGGCAAUGUCUCGUGCGGCCGUCGCAUUUUCCUGGGCAACAUCAUCAUGGACGCUGCUCCGUUCCUCUAUCCUUUCCUCAUUGAAUAUUCGCUCAUUGGCGCUGCAGUUCUCUACGUCAUUUGGGAACACAUUGGCCUCAACCCAAAGUACAAGACGGAAGAGAACAACCGAGGCAUUAAAGACGAAUCGAUUUGGAACAGCAAAACUCGGCAAUUGAGAGUCGAUUGUGUUGGAGCUUCAAAGGGACUCUUUAUUGGCCUCUUUUUCCUGACAGCGUCGCUCCUCUGUCUCGUUUUAUUCUUCAUUUUUGUGCCCAUGCCGCAAUUCAAACGACUGGGACUCAUCCUGGGCGACGCGGCCCAUUGCACUUUGCUUAUCGUUUCCAUCUUCGCCAUGGCGUUAGGCGCAUACAGAGCCCGGCAUUUGCAUUUCCAUUCGGAGCACAUGGAAGAGCUGGGCAACAUUUUGCUUCGUGUUUCUGCCCUUGGGAUUUUCGCCUAUUCCGUCUUCUCGAUGAUCGCCGGAGCACUGGCCAAUCCGUCGACAGACGAACCGCCACUCUUGGUCCUCAUCACCGGCCUCUUGUCCGUCAUUGAAGUGACGGUACAAAUGCUUUUCAUUUCGGACAUGUCGAGACGCAGUGUCAACACAGCCGAACAGGAUUUGGAGAAACCAGGCCGACAGUGCGUCACUUUUUUGUUGAUAACCAACAUGACUCUUUGGCUUGUCUACACUUUCGAAAUGCAAAAAGUCGAAGCUAAUCCCGUUCAGCUGAAUUUUUAUGGAUUUCUGCCUUGGGCUAUUAUUCAACGCAUCACGCUACCGCUCUGCAUCUUUUAUCGCUUUCAUUCGGCUAUUGUCUACUCGGAAAUUUGGAAGAACUCUUAUCGAUACCAUGCCCCUUCGGACGAAACGAUGGCGCCCGGUGGAUCUGAAAUGAAUUAAAACGCCUUCCUUUGUGUUAAAAAUGUCAACUAUUAGAUAAGGCGUCUGCAUGUUUACAUAGUUCCCUUGUAUAUUUUGGACGAUUUUUCAAUCUUUCCUUAUCCUAUCAUUUUUUUUUCAUUUACAUCAACAUAAAACUAAUGGUUGUUGGGAUAUUAGAUCCCCACAUGUCACCAUGAACGUAAAAAAUGUGCUGCCUUUUUCGCAUGUCCAUUUUGAUAUAAUUUCUUAUAGGACUGGUUGAAAAUGGGGCGUAUCAUGUGAGUUCCACGAACUCGUAAUACUAUAUCAUAGUGUAGGCAAUAGAUCAGGUGCAAUGACGUGUUCAUAUCAGAUAAAAAGAAGUAGGUGCGUUUUGUACAUUUCCGGAUCGAUUAGACAGGCGGAUAUUCCAUCAAGUAAUAACAGUUUAUACCCUGCAAUCUUCUGCAAAAAUAAUUGGCUUUUUUUCUUAUGUAUGUAGUGCGAUUUUUUGUAUUUAAAGAUGAUUCUGUUUUCGCAUUCCUAAUGCUGAUAUGAUUUGAAGAAUGUCACUUCCAGAAGAAA